CAAAAUAAAAUAAAAUAAAUAAAAUAAAAUAAAAGCACAACCAGACUUUGUUUUUAGAUAGCAAUGUUUAUAAGUAGUUUUAUGCUUCAUGUUAGUGACCCCUGGCCUGUAGGAUAAACCCAGCCCUUAUCCGUGGCAUUCAAGUCUCUAGAGCUGAAUGCGACCCCUGCCUCUCUCCGGUCAUGACUUCCUGGCCCUGCCUUUCCUCAGUGUCUGCACAUCUUGCUUCCAACAUACACCUUUCUGCAUCUCUUUUCUUUGUCUGAUGGCCCCUCCCUGCGUCCUGUUUCCGUGACUGGGAAAGGCCUAUAUUUUUUUCCUACACAACUGUUGCCACCUUGUCAUUUUUUUUUUUCUUCUCCCAGAGGAUCUCUAUCUGGGAAGCUCUCCUACUAGACAGAGCCGGGGCAGCUCCAGCGCUGGUCAACUCUUCAGUCCUUGCAUCACCCGGACCCACUGUGGGGCUGCAGAUGGGGAGAACUGUCUUCUCUUUUUACAUUGUGCUGGAGGAUGCAUAAGUCUGUCUGUGGAAUACAUCUUUUAAAGUAAAACCGCUUGUCAAAGCACAUGUGCGUUGGUGACUUUGGUGAUGGUUGUUGCCAGAUUUCCCCGCGGAGGGGCCAUUCACACUUGUAUUCCUACCGGAAGUGAACGUUGAAUGCCCGUUUUGCCACAGUUAUGCCACCACGGUGUAUUAUCCAACGUGUGGAUUUCUGCCAGUCAGGUAAGAACCUGACAUCUCACCUUGGAGAUCAGAAAUGGAUUUCUGGGAUUCCACCUGGGCUUUCCUGCUUAUUGAAAGGCAAGCACAAAAGUUAUUGGAUGGAGGUGUCCUGUGCAUUCUAUCAUCACUACGUCAGCAUCUUGGAAGGUCUGGAGCCUGCAAACUGGAAUGGUUUCUUAGAACCAGGGUAGCCAGACACAUGGACUCACCCCAGGAUUGCUCUCCUACAAGCAGGGUCCCACAAAGCCUGUCACCUGACAGUUGUUGACUUUACCAUGCGGGAUGCCACAGAACAAACACACGCAGCGUGAAUGGCCCGGUGAGAGAUGAAGGCCACACGCUGCCCUCCUGGGGCACCACCCCUGGUGCAUCUCAAGCAUUCCAGAGGCAGUCUGACACUCUCAACAGAAAAUAUAACUGCUCAGCGAACCCAGAAAUCCCAGUUUCAUUCAAAUAAGAUAAACCAUCGUGCACAAGGGUGCUUGUUGUAAACUUACAGUGAUGAAAACCUGGACACAACAACUUGUGAGUUCAAAAUGAGGAAUAAUUAUAUGACCUAUCCGUAAGAUGAAAGGGUAAGUUAUCUGUAACGUGAGGUUUAGUGACCAGGGAAAAUAAUUACAUGCUAAAGUGAAGUUAAAACUGUAAAAAUACAUAUGUAACAUAACCUCCCUGCUAGGUAAAGAAAAAUUUGCACAAAAACAUACCUGGGGGAAAUACACUAAGAUGUUAGGUUUAGUGGCUUCUGGGAGCUGGGGUUGUGUAUGUGGGAUUAUAUUUUUCUUUCUGUUUCUUUAUAUUUUUUCUGUAUUUUCUACCUUAUAUUGAUAGUCAGGGGACAAGGGCAAGGGGAAACAGGUAAAAAUCACACACCUCUCCAGCCCCUUCUUGUCUCCAAUAAAGAGGACAUUAGAGCUUCUUAAGGUCUGAGCUUGGGACUAGAGAGUUGGGGGGGACACCACGUGAGUCCCAGGGAGGUAAGGCGAUGGCUUGCUAGCAUGAUCAAGGUUUCUGUGAUCUUGAUUAGUGAGAAUAUAGUAAAUUCUUUGGGUUGAAGAGAUUUGCUGAGACCUUUGUGAAUAAGUAUUUGCCCAGAUGCAAGUGCUAAGUCUGUUAGAAGAAGGGGUUAAUGUGGUAUUAAAAGGUGAUUCUCCAGGGUGCUGUCACAAGUACCCUCUACAGUAGAGAAAUUGUCAUUGAGAAGGAAGCUCAGCCAUUUCUCAUAAUAAUGAUGAUGAUAACAACAGCCCACACCGUGAAAGGCUAGCCACGGGCCUGCACAGAUGUGAAUGUUCCACACAUAUCAAACCGCACAACUAGCACUCAAAGUACAGUGUUUUCGAUAUUAAUACUCGACCCGUUUUGCAGAUGGGAGAAACCAAGACAAAGGAAGAGGAGAUAACUUGCGCCCAUCACAGCCAGGACGUGACAGAACAGCUUGGCUGCAGAGUGGAACCACUCUGCCUUUCCGUAUUAGAUGGAUCCAAGGACAGGUGGAAAUGCUGUCUGUCUGUCUUCGUUGUGGUAGGGAUUACACAGGUGUAUAUGUGUGUCCAACCUCAUUAAACUGUACACUUCAUUAAAAUGGAUGGACUUUAGUAUAUCUAAAUUAUACCUCAAUGAGGUUGGUUUUAAAAAAUAAUAAAAAGGCCUGACGGUGACCUUAUCCCGAAUUCCAAACUGGAGUCUGAGAUUGUACCAUCUGAUGUGAGGAAAGGCAAGGCCCAGGUAAAACUCAGCCACCCAUCCUGGAGGAACCGGAGAGACAGAGCACCCAGACAGCACCGACCAGGCCCCUCUCUGCAGCCGCAGGCCAGGCCGGGGUGGCCGGGGUGCUGGCUUGGGAGUUGCUCCUGGGCUCAUGAGAAGUGACAGGAAUGUGGCAGCGGAUACUCCCCGACCCCCCACCUGGGCACGCCAGAAACGUGUGCCAUUUCGGGGUUGGCAUCUUUGGAGUUGGGAUGAAAUGCCUUGAUCUGCCCCAGCAAACAAGAAGAGUGCUGGAGUCCUUGAACUCUUUCCCCCGAAACAAUGGGAUGCAGAAAGCUGCAGCAUCCCAUUAUUUGUCUCUGUCACGCAAGGAAAUGCAGAGCCCAGGCCAAAAUGGAAAUCAGGAGUCGGCUUGCUUCAUCGAGAACACCUCGGUCCCAAUUUUAGGUCAAGCCAGGGGUAUUGGACAGUUGGCCAGAUGGACCCAGUAAUCCGUGUUCCUUAUACAAAGGGCUUGAUUCACACCCCAGGCAAAUGACAGUCUUCCCCGUAUGGCCAGCCUCAAAAAGACAUAGAAAUAGAUAAAACCGCCAAAGUUAAGAUCUGCAAGUGCCUGGGGUCUACCGUGUUUGAGAAUUGGAUAUUUGGUCAGUCCGGUUAAAUAAGAGCUCUAAAACAUGCCACAUGGAGAUUUCUUUUUUGCUAGGAAUGUGAAGAUCUCAGCGGCGAUGGUGACGUGCAUUCAGCCCUUUGUUAUAAUAACACACGACGUGGCCUCCUGUUUUGAAAUCCUUUCCCAGUUGUAGGGUGACGGCUUAUCCCACCAGAUACCGCAUGACCAGACGCUUGGCGUGCCACACUUCACAUUAUGGGGUUCUGGCAGUGGAAACUGACUGGGGAGGCACAGUGUCAACAGGAAAUAUCUGCCAGCAACACAGAAAAGGCUUCAGGAAAGAUAAGAGGAGGAGAGGCCAGAUCCCGUCGUUGCCUUGCACCGUGGAGACUGAGGAAGUGGGGAGUGAUUCCGCCUUGUACAGAGUGUGUGGAUUCCCACGAAGUUCUCUUCUGUCCUGGCAGGAAACAGACCAACCCUCGCCUCGGGAAGGUGGAGGCUUGCUUUUCUCUGAUCACACUCUCUUGCAAAUCUUAAAGCAGUUUCCAUAAACAUAUUUUAUUUCUUCCAAAUUAAGGAUGACAAUGUGAACCGUGAAUGGCAUUAUUCACCGUGGGGAGCUGUUUUCCUUCACCCUCGGGAUGUUUAUGUAUGCCCCUCCAUUUUCCUCGGUGUUUGGAUGUGAUUUCUUAUGAAAAACUUGGAAAUCUGCAAAAACUCACGAGUUAGAAACCUACCAGUGCUCAGAUGUCUCCUGCAUUUUAAAAGUGAGGUGACGCUAAAGGUGCACGUCAGCGACGCCAGCACCCACCAGCCAGUAGCAGACGCGCUCAUCGAGAUCUUCACCAACCAGGCCUCCAUCGCCUCUGGCACCUCGGGGACCGAUGGCGUCGCCUUUAUCAAGUUCCAAUAUAAGCUGGGCAGUCAGUUGAUCGUCACCGCCUCGAAGCAUGCCUACGUGCCAAACUCUGCCCCGUGGAAGCCAAUCCGGUUACCUGUAUUUUCUUCUCUGAGCCUUGGCCUGCUUCCAGAACGCUCUGCCACUCUAAUGGUAUAUGAAGAUGUCGUCCAAAUAGUAUCAGGAUUCCAAGGUGCCCGGCCACAGCCUCGCGUUCAUUUCCAGAGAAGGGCUCUGAGGUUGCCGGAGAACACCAGCUACAGUGACCUGACCGCGUUUCUCACGGCCGCCAGCUCCCCCUCGGAGGUGGACAGUUUUCCUUAUUUGCGAGGAUUAGACGGAAAUGGAACAGGAAACAGCACCAGGCAUGACCUGACCCCAGUCACAGCCGUCAGUGUCCACUUGCUGAGCAGUAAUGGAACGCCGGUGCUGGUGGAUGGUCCCAUCUAUGUCACUGUGCCCCUGGCCACGCAGAGCAGCCUGAGGCACAAUGCCUAUGUCGCGGCGUGGCGGUUUGACCAGAAGCUGGGAACGUGGCUGAAGAGCGGUCUGGGUCUUGUGCACCAGGAAGGCAGCCAGCUGACGUGGACGUACAUUGCCCCCCAGUUGGGGUACUGGGUGGCCGCCAUGUCCCCUCCCAUCCCAGGUCCCGUUGUAACACAGGACAUUACCACGUAUCACACGGUGUUUCUUUUGGCCAUUUUAGGAGGAAUGGCUUUCAUACUUUUGGUUUUGCUGUGUCUCCUUUUAUAUUAUUGCAGGAGGAAGUGCUUGAAACCUCGUCAGCACCACAGAAAACUGCAGCUCCCUGCAGGACUGGAGAGUUCCAAAAGAGACCAGUCCACCUCCAUGUCACACAUCAACUUGCUGUUUUCGCGCCGAGCAUCAGAAUUCCCUGGCCCGCUGUCCGUCACCAGCCACGGCCGCCCCGAGGCCCCAGGCACGAAGGAGCUGAUGAGUGGAGUCCAUUUGGAAAUGAUGUCUCCUGGCGGGGAAGGGGACCUGCACACCCCCAUGCUCAAGCUCUCCUACAGCACCUCCCAGGAAUUUAGCUCCCGGGAGGAGCUCCUGUCUUGCAAGGAAGAGGAUAAAAGCCAGAUCUCCUUUGAUAACCUCACGCCAAGCGGGACGCUGGGGAAAGACUACCAUAAGUCAGUGGAGGUUUUUCCCUUAAAGGCAAGAAAAUCUAUGGAAAGAGAAGGCUACGAGUCCUCGGGCAAUGCUGACUACAGGGGUAGUUACAACACCAUGCUCUCACAGCCUUUAUUUGAAAAGCAGGACAGAGAAGGUCCAGCGUCUGCAGGAAGCAAACUCACCAUUCAGGAACAUCUGUAUCCCGCACCUUCAUCGCCUGAGAAAGAACAGCUGCUGGACCGCAGACCAACUGAAUGUAUGAUGUCGCGAUCGGUCGAUCACCUCGAGAGACCUACGUCCUUCCCGCGGCCCGGCCAGUUGAUCUGCUGCAGUUCUGUCGACCAGGUCAAUGACAGCGUUUACAGGAAGGUGCUGCCCGCCUUGGUCAUCCCGGCUCAUUAUAUGAAACUCCCCGGGGACCACUCCUAUGUCAGCCAGCCUCUGGUCGUCCCGGCUGAUCAACAGCUUGAACUAGAAAGACUACAGGCUGAGCUGUCCAGUCCCCAUGCCGGGAUCUUCCCACACCCGUCCUCGCAGAUCCAGCCCCAGCCCCUGGCUUCCCAGGCCAUCUCUCAGCAGCACCUGCAGGAUGCAGGCACCCGGGAGUGGAGCCCUCAGAAUGCAUCCAUGUCGGAGUCUCUCUCCAUCCCAGCUUCCCUGAACGACGCGGCUUUGGCUCAGAUGAACAGUGAGGUGCAGCUCCUGACUGAAAAGGCGCUGAUGGAGCUUGGGGGUGGGAAGCCACUUCCACACCCCCGGGCGUGGUUCGUCUCCUUGGAUGGCAGGUCCAACGCUCACGUUAGACAUUCAUACAUUGAUCUCCAAAGAGCUGGAAGGAACGGAAGUAAUGAUGCCAGUUUGGACUCUGGCGUGGAUAUGAAUGAACCAAAAUCUGCCCGGAAGGGAAGGGGAGACGCUUUGUCUCUGCAGCAGAACUACCCACCUGUCCAAGAGCACCAGCAGAAAGAGCCUCGAGCCCCAGACAGCACGGCCUACACGCAGCUCGUGUACCUGGAUGACGUGGAACAGAGUGGCAGCGAGUGUGGGACCACGGUCUGUACCCCCGAGGACAGUGCCCUGCGAUGCUUGUUGGAGGGGUCGAGUCGGAGAAGUGGUGGCCAGCUGCCCAGCCUGCAGGAGGAGACAACCAGACGGACUGCGGACGCCCCCCCGGAGCCAGCCGUCAGCCCCCAUCAGAGAAGAUCUGCCCACGAGGAAGAGGAAGAGGAUGAUGAUGAUGACCAAGGAGAAGACAAGAAAAGCCCCUGGCAGAAACGGGAGGAGAGGCCCCUGAUGGCGUUUAACAUUAAAUGAGCUAUCGCAGAGCCACCUGACUGUGGAAUAUAAAAUUGCCAAAUAUCCUUUCUCAUGGAAGCGCGUACCCAUUCGUGGAGGAAACGGAACGGCAGCCCCGCCAUGGGACGGACGUGGACGUUUACUGCAUUCCUGUUUGCCGUGUAAAUGUUAGAAGGGAAUUAAAGUUAUUACUCAGAAUAAAGGAUGACUUUGGCGGAUGUCGCCCCUGCAAGGAGGUGGCUGAAAGUGGUGUCCAGAUGUCCUUCCGGGGACUUGAUGUAUCCGCCACCAGGGACAUUAAGAAACCGCACGUGAUGUCGCUACGCUCUAACGAUCACCUCAGUUCUCCCUCUGAUUCUGGGAACAGAUGAAACUCUUUUUGCAUCGCUUGAGUCAUUUUUAUCACAAUAAUCCUACUGUGAAGCUGUCAUUGAGAACUUAGGUUGGCACGUAGCGUCUCAAGGUAUGCGUUCUCUGGAAGGAAAGCUAUGCAUCGCUGCUUCGUUGUCUGAUUUUGCUUAGAUUUUGCUUUGGUUAGGUUGCGUUUUGGGGUUUGCCUUUUUUUGUUGUUGCUUCAAUGCAAUUUGGUUGUAAAGAGUUGAUUCCUUUGUGUUCAUCUGUUCUGCUUCUCAGCAGUCCAUCUCAGUGUCUCCCUUCAGGAACCGCCGAGUGUCCUCUCGUAACAUCCAAGCCUUUUAAUGAAAUCGUACUGAAAUCUGUAUCAGCUAUGAGUCCUCCAAUCCUGGUCCCAUUAACUCCAAGUGCCUUUUUUACAGUGACAACAGACAGUCCCUCGCUUUUUGUUGUUGUUGGUUUUAUUAACUCGUUUAAUGAAACUGCCUGGAUUUUAUACAGUUAUUAAAGGAUGUCCCUUUUGCUUUAAACUGCAUGCUGCCAAGUGCCAUUUGGGGUCAGCAUCCUCAUUUCAACACAGUGUGCUCUCUAGUUAUCAUGUGUAACGUGGGUUCUGUUUAGCGAAGAUAGACUAGAGGACACGUUAGAGAUGCCCUUCCCUGUUCCAUCCCUGUGGCACCGUUAUGGUUUUUUGGCUGUUUGUAUAUACGGUUACGUAUUAACUCUGGAAUCCUAUGGACUCAUCUUGCUCACCCAGCGUGGGAGUCUGGAUUGAGCAAGUGGGCUGAAUGUGACUAUUAAAAAAAUUUAAAAAAAAAAAAUCUUAUGUACUAUCCAAAAGUGCCAGAAUGACUCUUCUGUGCAUUCUUCUUAAAGAGCUGCUUGGUUAUCCAAAAAUGAAAAUUCAAAAUAAACUCUGAAGAAAAGGAAAA